CCCUGCUCCAGCCCGGGACGCACACGUGCGCGCGGCGCCGCAGCCGCCACCGCGGGAGCCCUGAGACCCCGCGCCCCCCUGGCCUGGGCGGCGGCGGCGGCGGCGGCGGCAGCGGCAGCGGCAUGCACGGCGCGCCGCGGAGCUGACGGCGGCCGCCGGCCCCAUGUCCUUCGCAAUGCUGCGCUCGGCACCGCCCGGCCGCUACCUGUACCCCGAGGUGAGCCCGCUGUCGGAGGACGAGGACCGCGGCAGCGAGAGUUCGGGCUCCGACGAGAAGCCCUGCCGCGUGCACGCGGCGCGCUGUGGCCUCCAGGGCGCCCGGAGACGGGCCGGGGGCCGGCGGGCGGGGGGCGGCGGCCCGGGGCCUGGGGGGCGGCCGGGCCGCGAGCCCCGACAGCGGCACACGGCGAACGCGCGCGAGCGGGACCGGACGAACAGCGUGAACACGGCCUUCACGGCGCUGCGCACGCUCAUCCCCACCGAGCCGGCCGACCGCAAGCUCUCCAAGAUCGAGACCCUGCGCCUGGCCUCCAGCUACAUCUCGCACCUGGGCAACGUGUUGCUGGUGGGUGAGGCCUGCGGCGACGGGCAACCCUGCCACUCGGGGCCCGCCUUCUUCCACGCGGCGCGCUCUGGCAGCCCUCCACCCCCGCCGCCCCCGCCCCCCGCCCGCGACGGCGAGAACGCCCAGCCCAAACAGAUCUGCACCUUCUGCCUCAGCAACCAAAGAAAGUUGAGCAAGGACCGAGACAGAAAGACGGCGAUUCGGAGUUAGAGGCGGACGCUGCUGGGCCAUCCACGGAGAUGGAUCCACCCAUGGACCUGACUCGGGCACAGGCCUCCCUGAGGGCACCCCCCAGGCCAGCCCUGCCCCAGCUGUGAGCGGGGCCGAUGGACAGACAGGCGGUGGGACUCAGAGUUGGCCCAGCACUUGCCCAGCCCCACUGGAACUUUCCGUGCUGGCUCCCAACCUGGUUUUCUUCUGGUCACUAUGUGCUGGCAUCUUUGAUAUGAUAAUAUAAAGUCUGGAAACUUUGUAUAAUUAAAAACAAA